AUGUGGCGGAAGUUCAACAGGUCGAAAGAUCCGGCGAUAGGAAGUCCAACCUUGAUUGAGACAACUUUUGAUCAACAGUAUCUAGACACCAUUCCUGAAGUGGACUCGUUACGCAGCGGCGGUCCCAGUAGACGUACUUCGCUCGGUCUCCCAGAGUUGCCUUUUAAAGUUGUUGAACCGCUUGCACGCCCAGAUCGCGCUUCAGCCGACCAUAGAGCAUCCUCUCUCUAUUCGCAACCUGGUCAGGAGACGCUCCGCACCGUGCCCCAAGGCUCAGAUCGCUUGCUGUCGGUUUACUCUGAAGUAUCGCCAUUAACAUCCCCGAGGGGGUCUGCAGAUCUCGAUGCAGCAGAAAGCCCCGACGUUUCGCCAAUUGAACCACCUCCAGCGUCGCAAGACGUUCCCAAGCUCGAUCCGAAAUUGCGAACUCACCUACCCAUACCUCGAAAACUUCCUCCUGCCUCAGACUCUGCCAGUACAGAUUCCGGAGCGUCACCUAGUGUAAGACGAGAACCUAAAGAGAGCGUUGGAGGUCCUGAAUUGUCCGAAGAGGAACGAUUAACAAUGUUGAGGGAAAAGGACAGAAAGCUCUUGAGUGGCUUUCAAGAACGGCCUUCAGUGAACAGCAAAGAUGCGGUUAGACCAAGGCGUGAGGACUCUCUAGAUCAUCCAGUCUAUCGGGAACCUUGGAAAGGUGCAAGUGGUAGAACAGCUUUGGUUGAGCCCGUGCGUACUGUUCCUCGGCCAAAACAUGACACCGGACCAGUAGCGAAGCGGAGAAGCGUCAUCAAAGACCCCAGCGCACACACUGUCGUCACGGUGCCAGCCUCUCGAAGUACUUCUGCGGAGCCAACCUCACCUAUUACCUCAAUCCAACCUCCGGAGCCUACUGAUUUCCCUGAUGAGCCAAUCAAGCCGACUGCUCCACUUAAAGUCGGAAACAAUAAAUCUCGGAUUCGCUCCCCAGUGACUACUGAAAAACUAUCUGGUCCGUUCAAUCCACGCUAUUCAGACGCAACGGUUUCAUCUUUUGAACCAACCCCGAGUGACAUUGGAGAUGGAAGCCGCGAUGAAUCAAAAGUCAUUCCUCCAACCUCACAGCAACAACGGCCCACUGGACCCUUACCUGACACCACUAGCCACCCUCGACCUCAAACGGCGGAUGACGACCCUACCAGUCGCUUUAGCUGGACCACCUCCGCCACCACAUUUCCUCCAAAGACACCAGAAAUUGAUCCUCUUAGCCGCUUUAGCUGGACAACAUAUGCCACAUCAGACCAGGAGAGCCCGCGUACCAUGGCCCAGAGGGACAUAGACACACCUCCGGUACCGCCAAUACCUUAUAUGCCCAACGCCAUGGCCAUGCGGAAGCGACCGAUGCCAUCUCACACCACAGACGCAAAUUCAAUCUCCAAGCUGAAAAUAAACCGCAAACCCACUCCCUCGAAUAUAGCCUCCACGCGCUCCUCCUCCCUCCCCAGCACCACCGCCGCCGCCGCCACCUAA